CCCGCUUCAGCCGCCGAGCAGCAGCAGCAGCAGGAGCGACGCGCUCAAUACAUUCUGACCCUUGUCUUUUACCCCCCACCCCGGGGCAGAACCCUCCCUCCCUCCCUGGAUGCGCGGCAUUCACUCCCUGCCCGCACGUCGAACCUGCAUUUGUGUAGCGCCGGCACCGUCCCUCUGCAGGGAUCAUGAGGGGAGGAGUCUGACCUCACAGGAGGGGUGUUGAUGGCUGCAGCAAUGGAAACCGAACAACCAAAUAUUGAGGUUUUUGAAACAGCUUCUGCCAAUGCCACUGCGGAUGUUGAAGGGUGCGAGGCGUUUGAACCGUAUUACGUGGAGCGAUACACGUGGAGCCGCCUCCGCAAAUUAAUCACGGACAGCAGGAAACUACAUGGGCACAUGAUGGCAAAAACCCCCCAUGAUUUUUAUUUUGUAAAGAAAAAUGACCCCGAAGGUCCUCAAUCAGAUCGUCUCUAUUAUCUUGCUAUGUCAAAUGAAAACCGGGAAAAUACCUUGUUCUACUCGGAUAUUCCUCAAAUUAUCAACAAGGAUGCUGCCCACUUGCUCACGUGGACUCCACUGCUGGACUAUUUUCAGUCUAUUCCUGAUUAUGGAAUUUACUAUCGUGAAGAGGAGCUGUUAAGGGAGAGGAAAAGAAUCGGGACGAUUGGCAUCGCCUCCUACGACUUCCACCGAGAGAGUGGGAUGUUUCUGUUCCAGGCGAGCAACAGCAUUUACUACACGACGGACGGCAGCAGCAGCGGCUUCACCAAUGAACCGAAAAAUCCUUCACAGAUCAAGACCAGCUGCCCGAACAUCAGGAUGGAUCCCAAAAUCUGUCCCGCUGAUUCAAUCUGGAUUUCCUUCAUCCACAGCAAUGAUUUGUGGAUUUCUAAUAUUGAGUCAGGAGAGGAAAGGCGGCUGACUUUUGCACAUAAAGGCUUGCCUAACCUGGAGGAUGAUCCAAAGUCUGCAGGAAUCUCCAGUUUUGUGCUCCAGGAGGAGUUUGACCGGUACACUGGGUACUGGUGGUGUCCUUUGGCUGAGGACACCCCAAAUGGGGAGAAGAUUCUUAGGAUACUCUACGAAGAGAAUGACGAGUCAAAUGUUGAAAUUAUCCAUGUAACCUCGCCCAUGCUUGAGACACGAAGGUGUGAUUCAUACCGGUACCCACGGACAGGAACUCUAAAUCCAAAGAUAACUUUCAAGAUGUCGGAAGUAACAAUAAAUGCCAUUGGAAGGAUUUCGAGUGUUGUUGACAAGGAAUUGGUCCAACCCUUUGAGAUCCUUUUCAAAGGAACAGAAUACAUUGCACGGGUUGGGUGGACACGAGAAGGAAAAUAUGCAUGGGCCAUCCUGUUGGAUCGGCCCCAAACAAGGCUCCAGAUCGUUCUGAUCCCCCCUACUUUGUUUAUCCCAGUGGUGGGUGAUGCAGUGGAGCGGCAGAAGCUCAUGGAAUCUGUGCCUGACAGUGUCACACCAUUGAUCAUAUACGAGGAAACAACUGACAUUUGGAUAAACGUCCACGAUAUACUGCACAUACUUCCUCAAACCAAGGAAGACGAGAUCCAGUUCAUUUUUGCCUCUGAAUGUAAAACUGGCUUUCGACACCUUUACAAGAUUACAACCGUCUUGGAGGAGUCCAAGUACAAGCGGUCCUGUGGGGGCUACCCCUCUCCAGAUGACUUUAAAUGCCCAAUAAAACAAGAGUUACCUUUGACCAGCGGAGACUGGGAAGUACUUGGGAGACAUGGGUCAACGAUAUGGGUGAAUGAAGCUACCCGCCUGGUUUAUUUUCAAGGUACCAAGGACACUCCAUUGGAGCACCAUCUCUACGUAUUGAGCUAUGAAAUUCCCACAGAAGUUGUGCGACUGACACAGUUAGGCUACUCUCAUAAAUGCUUCGUCAGCCAGAACUUUGAUAUGUUUGUAACGAAGUUCAGCAAUCAGGACCGCCCGCACUGUGUACACAUCUUCCGAUUAAUGGGAUCAGAUGAAGCCCCUCUUCACAAACGGAGAGAAUUCUGGGUCACAAUGUUAGAAUCACCAGGAUGUCUGCAAGGGUACGUUCCUCCAGAGAUGUUCAAUUUUCACAGCAAGUCUGGCUAUAUAUUGCACGGAAUGAUGUUCAAACCACACAAUCUACAACCGAGAACAAAGUACCCCAUUCUGCUUUACACGUAUGGUGGCCCACAGGUGCAGCUGGUAAACAACCGCUUUAAGGGAGUUAAAUACUUGCGUCUGAACACACUGGCAGAGCUUGGCUAUGUUGUGGUUGUCAUUGAUUCCAGAGGAUCCUGCCACCGAGGGCUGAAGUUUGAAGGUGCCUUGAAAUACAAGAUGGGGCAGGUGGAAGUCGAUGACCAGGUGGAAGGGCUACAGUACCUGGCCGCUAAGUACAGAUUUAUUGACCUUGAGCGGGUAGCAAUCCAUGGCUGGUCAUACGGAGGCUAUCUGUCCCUCAUGGCUCUAGUGAGGAGACCAGACAUAUUUAAGGUAGCCAUUGCUGGAGCCCCUGUGACGCUGUGGAUCUUCUAUGACACGGGAUACACCGAGCGCUACAUGGGACUCCCAGAGAAAAAUGAGAGUGGCUAUGACAUUGGAUCAGCGGCAAUGCAAGUGGACCACUUCCCUCUGGAACCAAACCGCCUCCUCCUCCUGCACGGCUUCCUCGAUGAGAACGUCCACUUUUCUCACACCACAGUUCUCCUUAGUUUCCUUGUUCAGUCAGGGAGACCGUACGACCUGCAGGUGUAUCCCCAAGAACGGCACAGUAUUCGGGUCCCAGAGUCUGGAGAACAUUAUGAACUGUAUCUGCUCUAUUACCUUCAGGAGAACCUGGCUUCCCAGAUAGCUGCCAUGAAGUAGAAGAUGAUGUAUUAUUCUUGACACAAAUUUCAGCCAACAAUCGAAUGCAGGAGAUGUCAGACCUUUCCUUACCUCAUCAACUGUGACUACCCCCCCCCCCCCCCCCCUCCUCCAGCUAAUGAUAGUUGCCUCAUUUCUUGCUUGCAACAGUCUCGCUGUUUCGGUAAUAACAGCAAUAGCCGCAUUCCAUUGUCUAUUGAAUCACUCUCUGUCAUUGGUGAUGUUUCUGAAUCUCACAACUGGAGCUCCCACAUCUGAUCAUCUCCCUCCCUCCAUGGCAACAUUUGUCGCCGUUUCCCUUGUGUCCCCACAAUUAUAACGCCUCCCCAUAAUCUCACUGAUAGUGCCUGACAGUAACUUCUGCUCUUUGUUCUAAGAAUGUAAUGGAAUGAGAUCCAUGAACACACAAAACCACAAGCAUGUUGUGGGCAUUAUGGAUGCUUCCUUUUGAAGAACGUGCGUGUGCGGUAAGACUUGGAUAAUGUAGCAGUAUUUCGUACGUUUUAUGUUGCUUCCUCCUUGAUUCACAAAGCUAUUUGUAACACUAUUUGUUAUCAGAGCUUUCUUCCUGUACUUCCAGCUGCCAGACCUUCAGUGUUGCCUUCUACCUUCACAGCAUCAACCCCGCAUGGUUGUUCAUUUGUUAAAUGACCAUAAAAUUACACUUGUUUCCAUGGUGUAGAGUAAAUGCAGAUGAUUGUAAAACAUUUUUGAGCACUUUAUGUACAAUUAAUAUCUUGAUUAAUGUCUUAAAUAGUAUCUUUUUUUACUUAAAAUAUCUCCAUCUGGUCAUGA